AAAGACCGCAGUUGGACUCGUCCUUCUCUCUCUCUCUCCUCCCACUGCUCUCUCUAUCUCUCUCUCUCUCUCUCUCUCUCUCUCUCUCCCCUCCGUCUUUGCUUUCUAUCUGUAAAACUAGGGCUUCUUCCGUACCACCUCUGGCUCCAAGAAGAGGCCUUGGGGGGGUUUAGCUCUUCAACCCCUCUGCUGGAGUUCAAAGAUGGGCUCUUUUCAUCUCAAGUCGUCGUCAUCACCACCUCCGCUGGCCAUCCAAUGGUGCCUUUUCCUCCUGUUCUUCUUCCGGGUCUUCUUCUCCUUCGGUCAAUUUACUGCCGCUUUAGCUGAUGGUUCCGAUGAAUCAGUCCUUUUGGAGCUCAAGAACUCCCUUUUGGAUCCAUCUGGUCUGCUCUCGAGCUGGAAUUCGAGCUCAAGUCUCUGCAGCAACUGGUUCGGUGUCUCCUGCGACUCCAAUUAUAGGGUUUCGUCUCUCAACAUUACUGGGAAUGGUGCCCAAGGUAAGGACCGGCUGUUCCUCUGUGCUGAUUCUGCUCAAUUUCCUAUUUAUGCUUAUGGGGUCAGAAGGAAUUGCGCGGGGAGCGGGGGAAGGUUGGUCGGAAAGUUGCCGCCUUCGGUUGCGAAGCUCGCUGAGCUCAGAGUUCUCGCCCUGCCCUUCAAUGGACUCUACGGUCAAUUGCCUGCUGAAAUUUGGGGCAUGGAGAAGCUGGAGGUUCUUGAUUUAGAGGGCAAUAUGUUCUCCGGGGUGUUGCCGGCGCACUUCACAGGGCUGAAAUCUCUGCAGACUCUUAAUCUCGGGUUCAACAAUAUCUCUGGUGAAGUACCUGGGGUCUUGUCGAGUUUGAGCAGAUUGGAGAUCUUGAAUUUAGCCGGUAAUUAUCUGAAUGGAACUCUGCCCGGGUUUUUGGGUCAGUUCAAGUCGGUGUAUCUGGCGUUUAAUGAGUUCACUGGAUCUGUACCGAGUGGGAUUGGGGAGAGUUGCAGCAAGAUUGAGCAUUUGGAUUUGUCUGGUAAUUACUUGGGUGGUCAAAUUCCAAGUGGCAUUGGGAAUUGCGUGGAGCUGCGGUCACUUUUGUUGUACUCUAACAUGUUGGAGGAGGUUAUUCCACCUGAACUCGGACAGCUCAAGAAGCUUGAAGUGCUGGAUUUAUCAAGGAACACUCUUAGCGGCUUGUUGCCUGCUGAGCUUGGGAAUUGUACUGGUCUGUCUGUACUCGUGCUCUCAAACUUGUUUGAUCUGCUUGCAGGAAUGAAUGCCACAAAAGGGGAUUUACUGCUAGAAGAAAUUGGUUCCAUGAACGACGAGUUCAAUUAUUUCCAAGGCGAACUCCCUGGGGAAGUCACAAAGCUGCCCAAGCUCAAGAUUUUGUGGGCUCCAAGGACCAACCUUGUGGGAAGCUUCCCGAAAGACUGGGGCACUUGUAAUGAUUUGGUAAUGGUCAACCUGGGCCAGAACUACUUAACUGGAGAGGUUCCACCGCUGUUUGGUAGCUGCAAGAAAUUGCAAUUCCUCGACUUGAGUUCAAACAAGCUGAACGGCGAGCUCUCCGAGGAAAUUCAGGUCCCAUGUAUGAUUCUCUUCGAUGUGAGCGGUAACAAUUUGACUGGUCCAAUCCCGCAAUUCCACAACAGUAAUUGCCUUUCAGUUGAGGCAUUCGACUCCUUUGGGCAGUCGGCUGCUUAUUUAUCCUUGCUUGCAUAUAAGGCUCAAGUCAGUUUCCCCUUCCCAUUUCAUGGUGGAGAUGAAAGUAGUCUUCCUGUGCUUCACAGUUUCAGGCGGAAUCGCAUCAAUGGAAGUUUGAGGUCGAUGCCUCUUGCCCCCAAAAUGCCGGGCAAGCAGACUGUUUAUAUUUUCUUAGUGGGAGAAAACAAUCUCACUGGACCUUUUCGCGAAAACAUGCUUCAGAAUUGUAGAGGACUAGAUGCAAUUGUUGUUGAUGUCAGUUACAACAAAAUCUCUGGUCCAGUUCCUCGUAGUUUGGGCACAUCAUGUGGGUCACUUGUCCUCUUGGAUGCGUCUCAGAAUCAGAUUGCAGGUCCCAUCCCUUCCAUUUUUGGGGACAUUGUUGCUUUAAACAUGAGCUGGAAUAUGUUGCAAGGUCCAAUCCCGGAGGAUUUUGGACGGAUCAAUGGUUUGAGAUAUCUUUCUCUUGCCGGUAAUAGGCUCAAUAGCUCCAUCCCAUCGAGCUUGGGCCAGUUGCGGUCUCUAAUGGUAUUGGAUCUCUCUUCAAACUCUCUGUCUGGAGAAAUCCCGAGCGAGCUUCUGAACUUGAAGAACCUCUCUGUUCUUCUGCUCAACAACAACAGGCUCUCUGGUCUGCUCCCAUCCGACCUGGCCCGCAUGACGACACUUAGAUCACUCAAUGUCUCCUUCAACAACUUGUCGGGCCCUAUUCCUUCGAACAGCAACCUCAUGAGUUGCAAUAACAUUCUAGGGAACAACUUCUCCAAUCCUUGCACCAUGUACUCUCAGCAGAAGUCAGGGUAUCUAGAGAACGACACGGCUUCUCCUCCUAAUACCCCAAGUGGUACCGGUGGAAGUCGCACGUUCACUGCUAUAGAAAUUGCAUCCAUAGCUUCGGCCUCCGCAAUUGUCUCUGUCCUCAUAGCCCUCAUAAUCCUCUUCAUCUACACAAGGAAGCGGAGCCCCAAGAGGGACUUGAGCUCCAUCAAGAAGGAGGUGACGGUCUUUGAGGACAUUGGGGUCCCACUGACAUUUGAGGAUGUUGUGCGGGCCACAAGGGGGUUCAACGCGAGCAACUGUAUUGGCAGUGGAGGUUUUGGGGCGACCUACAAGGCCGAGAUUGCUCCAGGAUAUUUGUUUGCAAUAAAGCGGCUUGCUAUCGGGAGAUUCCAGGGAGCCCAACAAUUCCAUGCAGAGGUUAAAACUUUGGGGAGAUUCCGACACCCAAACCUUGUGACCCUGAUUGGAUACCAUGCAAGCGAGACUGAGAUGUUCCUCAUCUACAACUACCUGCCUGGGGGUAACCUUGAGAAGUUCAUCCAGGAGCGGUCAAUGCGAGCUGUUGAUUGGAGGAUACUCCACAAGAUUGCAUUGGACAUUGCCAGGGCAUUGGCAUACCUGCACGACCAGUGCGUGCCACGUGUCCUCCACCGAGAUGUGAAACCGAGCAAUAUCUUGCUAGAUGAUGAGUACAAUGCUUAUUUGUCUGAUUUUGGGCUCGCUCGAUUGCUUGGAACUUCCGAGACCCACGCCACAACUGGAGUCGCUGGGACAUUCGGGUAUGUCGCCCCUGAGUAUGCGAUGACCUGUCGUGUCUCUGACAAGGCUGAUGUGUACAGUUAUGGGGUGGUCCUCCUUGAGCUUCUUUCAGACAAGAAAGCCCUCGAUCCAUCCUUCUCUUCAUAUGGUGAUGGUUUCAACAUUGUGGCCUGGGCUUGUAUGCUCCUUCGGCAGGGUCAGGCCAAGGAGUUCUUCACUGCUGGGCUGUGGGAUGUGGGGCCGCACGAUGAUUUGGUAGAAGUCUUACACUUGGCUGUUGUUUGUACCGUUGAUUCCCUCUCUACGAGACCCACGAUGAAACAAGUUGCGCAUCGGCUCAAGAAGAUUCAGCCACCCUCGUGCUAGCACGAGAAGCUCUUCUAGUCAAUCCUGUCUAUUAACAUAGGAAAUUGUAGGAAAUAUAGCCCUACUGUAAAGUCUGCUGUAUCAUUUUUCCUCUUUCCCUCAUUUUUCUUUACCAUUUUCUACACGUCUUUCGGGUUCAAUCUCCCAUGUGGAUUCGCUCCUAUCGAGUUUUUAGGUUUUAGAGCUGGUUGUUGUAACGUAGAUUUCACCUCCCAAUUUUCACUGUGAAUCCGGUUACAGGGGGGCCAGCAAUAUUGCUGAUUAAUCUGCAGAAGGAUGCAGAGUUGCAGAUAUUCAUUUUUCUACUUCCACUUGUAAUCUUCGGUUCAGAUUUGCUGUAAUAAACACCAUAGAAUUCAGUUCA